AUGUCGAGUCGUUCCUCAGCCGGACGACAAGACGCGACGAUCUCAAAGAGGCUAGCUAGUGCUUAUUAUCUCAGCCCUCGUGCUCAGCAUCCUCGGGCGGAGAACAAGAUGCUAUACCUGAGUUUCCCUCACGUUAUGACCUUCGAUGCGUCCCAUAUUGCGGAUGUGUUCCUGAAGCAACCUUCUCUUCUCAUUGCUGGUGAGAAGGCCGUGUCGAUAUGGCAUUCUGACAAGCUGGAUAAGCUCAUUGGCGGUGCUACGAAAAAGGUUAUCGUACCACAUGGGACAUAUAUGGACUUUACGGCAAGGAAGAAUAUGUUGGACCUGCUGUGA